AUGGCCACAGAGUCUCCCCAGCUGUUCCUAUGCCCUAUCUCCAUGGAGCUAAUGGAGGACCCCGUCACGGUGUCUACCGGCGUCACCUACGAGCGCCGCAGCAUCGAGCGGUGGUUCUUCAAGUACGGCAAGACGACGUGCCCUGCCACUAUGCAGCGCCUGGCUUCCUUCGACCUCACGCCCAACCACACCCUCAAGCGCGUCAUCUCCACCUGGCGCGACCGCGCCUCCUCGCCCUCCAGCCCCACCGACGCGCUGGCGCCCAUGGCGCGGGAGCGGCUGCCGUCGGUGCUCGCCGGCAUUGAGGCCACGCCGUUCAAGGUGACCGCCCUGAAGAGCCUGAGAUCCUGCAUGACCGUGGACGAGGUGGCGCAGGACGACUUCGUUGCCCGCGACGGCAUCCAGGUGCUCGGCCGCGUCAUGGCGCAGGCGCUGGCGGAGAGCAGUGCCGGCGGGGACUUCUCGGCGUUCCGGACGUGCGAGGAGGCAGCCGCUGUUUUAGACACGCUCCCGCUCUCAGAAAAUGCGUCAGUAGACCUGGUGCUCAAACCGGAGUGCAUGAGGCCCAUGGUGGCGCUGGUCCAGCGCGGCAGCGCCGAAGCGAGGUUGCACGCCAUGUCCAUCCUCGACAAGGUCUCCAAGGCCAGUGGCGGCCGCAACUGGGCCGCAGUCGUGGACGUAGACGACAUGGUGAAGUCCCUCCUGGACCUUCUCUCCGACGGGGCCUCCUCAAAGCUCAGCUCGCGCGCGCUCGACGUGCUGCUCGACGUCACAGCGCGCUCGCCCUCCAGUGGGCGUGCUCGCCGCGGCAAGGACGUGGUGGAGGUGGGAGCCGUGCGCGUGCUCGUGGAGCUUCUCCCGGACGCCGACCGCCACGUCACCGAGAGGACGCUCCUCCUCCUGAAGCGGCUGUGCAAGUGCCCCGAGGGCCGGCUCGCGUUCGCGGAGCACGGGCUCGCCGUGGCGGCCGUGUCGCGGACGGUUCUGCGCGUGUCCGGGCUGGCCACGAGGCUGGCGGUCAACGUGCUGUGGUUGGUGUCGUGCGCGGCGAGACCCUCGGAGAAGGUGCUGGAUGACCUGGUGACGAGCGGUGGCGUGUCGAAACUACUCGCGCUGCUGCAGGUGGAGAGCUCGGCGUCGACCAAGGAGAAGGCGGGGAGGAUGCUGAGGGUGCACGGCGCGUUCUGGAGGCAGUACCCUUGCUUCCCCGCGGACCUCAAGGAUUACCUCAAGUUUCUCAAUUGA